CUGGAAGCGGGAGAGAGAGGAGCGUGAGGAGAGAAAAAUGAAUAGACUAUAAAGAAGCGUGGAUGGGAGGUCGCUGGUGUGAAACGAACACAAAGGGGAGAGUGGGGAGCUCUAGCUGAGGCGCAGGCAGAGUGGGGUGAGAUUGUCCGACCCCCGGUGCAGGGGAGAGAAAGAGGGGAGAUAAAGUGCGCAGUUUUGGGCAUCUAACAGGAUGCUUGGCCCUGUUUUGCAGCUCCAUGCUGUUCAUCUGCAGAGCCUGUCGGAGCUGGAGAGGUUCCGAUUGCGGGAGAUUAGCCUGUAUCAGCUGCAUGAACAUGGUCUCUGCUCUGACAUCACUCCAGACCAGAACAAAGCAAGGAAAUCUGUAAGGCGCAGGCUUGAGAGAAGAGAUGCCCCUCCUGGACUGUUUGGGGUUCCACUUUCAGAUGUUAUUGCUCAAGAUCGUAUAGAGCGGCAGCGAGUGUUUGCUGUGCGAGAUCGCAGAGCCUGCACAGAAGUAGAGAGCAGUGUUCUGAGUUUUCUAGUGCACACACAAAGAGCUCCACCGCAAGGGACAUCACUGGAGCUGCCACUUUCUCCCACCUUCAGAGAUGGUGUGACCAGGAUAAGAAGAAGGGGGGCUCUUUCAGUGGAUUCCAUUACAGAACUGGAUAAUGGAGAUGCUCGUCUGUUGGAGGCUCUGCAGUUGUCACAUUCGAAUGAACUCCAGGACCAAAGAAAGGAACACAGCCAGCGCUUAAGCAUGAACCCCGUUUAUAAGCAAGUUCCAAGAAUUGUGGAGAGGUGCUGCUCUCACUUAGAGAGCUACGGUCUGCAUACUGUUGGAAUUUUCAGAAUCGGGAGCUCAAAGAAAAGAGUUGAACAACUGCGGGAAGAAUUUGCUGUAUCUGGUGAUGUGCUCCUAGGGGAGGACACAUGUGUGCAUGAUGUGUCUGCUCUGCUCAAAGCAUUCCUGCGGGACCUUCCAGACCCUGUCCUGCCAAGAGAACUCUACUCUGCAUUUAUACAUACUGCAGGCCUGGGUAAGAGGGAGCGGCUAAACACUCUGCAGCUACUGAUUUUUGCUCUGCCCAUGUGCAAUGCAGAUACAUUGCUCCGCAUUCUGCAGCUUCUACAUAAUGUGGCUUUACACGAGCUGGACACAACCAGUUCCACAGGAGAGCAGGUACUAGGUAAUAAAAUGUCAGUCACCAACCUUGCCACUGUGUUUGGACCAAACCUGCUACAAAAUGUGAAAACUCCAGACUCAGAAAUGCAGAGUUUCCAGGACAGCUCAGCACAGAUCAGAGUGACGGAAACCCUCAUUCAGCAUUAUCAAGACUUAUACACGGUUCCUUCUCAUAUACAUGGUGAUAUUCUGAUAAGUUUGCUGCACUCUGAUCCAGAAGUCAUAGACUUUUUGUUACGUAGGAAAUUCUCUGUUGUGCAGAUAUUGGAUGGGGCUGCUCAAACUACCCUUGAUAUGCAACAACUGAAAAAAGACAUGAGGUCUUCGCUUUUGCCUCAUAGGCCUCUGCAGACACUUAUGGAAGUGCUGAGUAUAGGAGUCAAGUCUGAUUUCCUGGAUUCUCGUCUAUCAAGACGGCGGCCGUCUCGUUCUCAGGAGGAUCUGACAGUUUGCCCUUCAGAACCGCCUACAAGAACUGUCAUUCCUUCUCGCCCACGUUUCUUGCCCCUGUUCUCCAGAGCAACAACAUCUCCCCGACCACAUAGUUUGGACACAUCUUCGCCUGUAUUGUCUCCAUCCAAAUUGCAGAUUGUCACAGAAGAAAUCACAAAGACUUUAGGAUUUGGCAAAACAGCUGUAUAACCUGAAUAUCUAUUCUUUGCACAUUAGCUGACUAGCUUUAUCACUGCUGCACUGUGUCCCCAAAGCAACCAGUCUAGACCAUUGGUUGACUAUGACAUUGGCUGCUUGAGUACUUUCUCACUGUUAUGCUUUGACUGAAAUUAUAAUAUAAUCACUUUAUGUUGCCAA